AUGUCUUAUUCAAAUACCCAACCUCUCAGCCCCGGCGGUGGGGCUGGCGGUGCUCCCUCGAAACGUGACAAGCGCCGCACGGCGUUGCAGGAGCGCCUACAGGAAUUGACCGGGCAGUUCAGCAACAACCGCGACAUUCAGUUCCGCCAGCAGUUGCAUGCUCUCCAGUGCGAUAUGACCCUCAUAAACAAUGCCGACCCAUAUGGUACUGGGCCACUGUCGGAUACCGCAGAGAGUAUUGCGUCUCUGAUCGAGGAAACUGUCGGUGGUGGCAGCAAGUUCGCCAAGGAGAUGGCAGGCCUGGCUGGAAACUGGUACUCCAGAUUUGUGCAGCAAGUGAACGAGAUAAAGGAGAAGCGGGAUGCAGAAUUGGUGUCAACUAUGAACGGAUACAACGAUAUUCUCGAACGACAAAAUCGGGAACAUGAUUUCCGUGUUUACUUCGCAAAGGAAGAAUUCCACCAGCUGUCUAGUACCCUCCGCGAACGAUUGAUGCAGACCAUUUCCAGCAAACGGGCUCGUCUCAUGCGCGAAAAGGAGCAGCUCGAUAUCGCAGACACCAAUGCCCUGCUUCUCCACCCCAAUCAGUUCAGCAUCACCAACCCCGCAAGCCCCGGAGGUAUCCACAGCAACCGCAAGACCCGACACACUCGUCACCGCGUCGACCUGGAUGAGCUUGGAAAUGGCGUCAUCUCGGAGCUGAACAAGCGGAAGCGCAAGGCCCCAGAAGAGGAAGCAGGCACGCCCCCGCGGGACGCCGGCGAUGCCACUCCCGCCAAGCGCAACAAGGUUGAAAUCGCAAAGGAGCAGACGGCGCCUACAUACUCGAUCAACUCGCUGUUCACCGAUAAGGAGCUCAGCGCGCAUGCAAACCAGGCGCAUGUCGCGGCAGUCCACUUCUUCUCCACAUCCAAGCGCCCAGACCACGGGUCUGGAGCUGUGACAAACGGAAACAACACUGACGCCGAAGACACACCCGAAGGCACUGGUCACGAAGACAACGGCACCCCUAGUGCGGCCGACAUGAUGCGCACAGCAAGCCAUAACUUCCACGCCACUCGAUCGACGCGCACCACUGCUGCACAUAGCGCCCUCAGUGCCCUCGCUGACUUGGCCGACAAGCCAGCGACUCGCCCGAACCUCCCCUACCACGUCCUCUCCAACCACCACGCUCGGCCAAACGGCAAUGCGCCCCCGCUGACUGCGCUUAUGAACGAGGAAGUUGACGAUGACUGCGCUCGCAUCAGCCGACUCACUUCCAAGCCAAACUCCUGGAUCGACUUGUCGCUAGUCGAACUUGUUGCAGCACCCCUUCCAGCUUCAACGGAGCCAAUCGAUGGUCACCCGCCCGACCCUGCUAUAUACAGUCAGCUGCACCCCGACUUCUCGCCUUCUAUGGGCAUCGAUUGGACACCUGGCACUCAUCACCCUGGAUUGGAGAUGUUCCCCCCCCACGGCUAUGGAGCGCGAGCGCAGCCGCAAGCGUACCCGCAACCAUUAAGCGAAUGCAUGAAUUUCAGGAUGUACUUUAAGGCGGGAUGGACGGAUGGUUUUCAUAUUACAGGAUACGGUUAG